UGCCGUUGUGGCCCACUAAUACAUUACUAAGCACUACAUAUAAAGUGCACCUCUCUCUCAUAAAAAAUUUUUCUAAUUUUCCUUUCUCCAUACUAACUCAUUAGACACCAUGGCUAGAAGACCAGCUAGAUGUUACAGAUACUGUAAGAACAAGCCUUACCCAAAGUCCAGAUACAACAGAGCUGUCCCAGACGCUAAGAUUAGAAUCUACGACUUGGGUAGAAAGAAGGCUGCUGUCGAUGAGUUCCCAUUGUGUGUUCACUUGGUCUCUAACGAAAUCGAGCAGUUGUCUUCCGAGGCUUUGGAAGCCGCUCGUAUUUGUGCCAACAAGUACAUCACCAAGAUCUCUGGUAGAGAUUCUUUCCACUUGAGAAUCAGAGUCCACCCAUUCCACGUUUUGAGAAUCAACAAGAUGUUGUCGUGUGCCGGUGCUGAUAGAUUGCAGCAGGGUAUGAGAGGUGCUUGGGGUAAGCCACACGGUUUGGCUGCUAGAGUCUCUAUUGGUCAGAUUCUUAUGUCUGCUAGAACCAAGGACUCUAACAAGGACGUUGUCAUUGAGGGUUUGAGAAGAGCCAGAUACAAGUUCCCAGGUCAGCAGAAGAUUAUUAUCUCUAAGAAGUGGGGUUUCACUCCUCUCGACAGAGACCAGUACAUUGCCAAGAAGAACAACGGUGAGGUUAAGGACGACGGUGCUUACGUUAAGUUCUUGUCUAAGAAGGGUAAGUUGGCCGAGAACUUGGCCCAGUUCCCAGACUACCAGUACGAGGUUUAA